AUGAGGCAAGAGAGAACCUGCGUGUCAACAGGGCUGGGCUGUGUUCCUCCUGGGACACCUGCAGCCCUUUCCCUUCUGGGGGAAUCCGUGGGGAGGGACGGGAACACCAGUGCAGUACUGGUUCAGGCAGAUUUGGGUAGCUGGGGACAUGGUAGGGAGCACCAUGACAGUUGUGUGCUACCGUGCAUGGGAUGGCUGUAGCGACAAUCCAAGCUGGAUCCUGUGUCCUUGUCCUCUCUCUGAGAAGAGCAGCCAGAGACUGAACAAGUGCUUCCCAGCAGUACCCGGCCCAGCCCCACACUGCGCAGCGUGGCCACGGCAGGGCUCCAGCCUUCCCGGAUCUCCUGGAUCUGGCCAUUGCCGUGGGCACGGCGAUACAGCCCCGCUGCUGGAGGGCUCUCCGCAGCUGCUCCAGCUUGGCUUUGGGGGCUGGGAUGGGGUCAGCAGUGGGGACGCAGGCGAGGGUGGUACCAAACAGGACGUAAAACCUUCCGCCACAGGAUGGAGGGUGGGAUGGAGCAGGGCUUUGGCGGGCCGAGCAGGAGCCCGGCGGUGUCCAGCGCUGCUUGGGCAGCAUUUGGCGGCACCGCGGGGGCUCGGCCCCGCUCCUGGGCGCUCCCCUGGAUCCCUGUGGAGGGAGCUGCGAGCUUGGCGUGCGUGGCGCUUUCUGCGCUCCCAGGAGAGCGUCCGACCGUCCUGUUCCCGGAGCCUGUCCGCAUCCCUCCCCUCCCCCUGCCGCAGUGUGGUUGGCUGCCGAGCGCCGGCUGCCUGCGCCGCCGCUCGCUCCCGGGGCAGCGCGGCAGACGGAGCCGCGCAGCGCCGCGGCCGCCGCUCCUCCGCCGCCUCCGCGAGCACCGGCGCUGGACAAGCCGCUGCAGGCAGCCAGGGCUGCAGGAGUAAGACUAUGUCCACCAUGGUGUACCCAAGGGAGGAGAAACUGGACAAGCUGAGCCAAGAGGAGAUAAUUUCCAACACCAAGCUGGUAAUGCAAGGGCUGGAAGCACUCAAGAAUGAACACAACUCCAUCCUGCACAGCUUGCUGGAGACCAUCAAGUGCCUGAAGAAGGAUGAAGAAGCCAAUCUCGUGCACGAGAAAUCCAACCUGCUCCGCAAGUCAGUGGAGAUGAUAGAACUGGGGCUUGGAGAAGCUCAGGUGAUGAUGGCAUUGUCCAACCAUCUGAACGCCGUGGAGUCAGAGAAGCAGAAGCUGCGUGCUCAGGUGCGGAGACUGUGCCAGGAGAACCAGUGGCUGCGUGAUGAGCUUGCCAACACCCAGCAGAAGCUGCAGCGUAGUGAACAGACCGUGGCUCAGCUGGAGGAGGAGAAGAAACACCUUGAGUUCAUGAACCAGCUGAAGAAGUACGAUGAGGAUGUCUCGCCUUCGGAGGAGAAGGAGGGUGACUCCACCAAGGACUCUCUGGAUGACCUAUUCCCAAAUGAGGAGGAGGAGCAUGGUCCUGGAUUGCCCCACCAGCACAGCAGUGCCGUGGCAGCUGCCCAGCAGGGAGGUUAUGAGAUUCCUGCACGCCUGCGCACCCUCCACAACCUUGUCAUCCAGUACGCUUCCCAGGGACGCUAUGAGGUGGCUGUGCCCCUCUGCAAGCAGGCACUGGAGGACCUGGAGAAGACAUCAGGCCAUGAUCACCCUGAUGUGGCUACCAUGCUCAACAUUCUUGCACUAGUGUACAGGGAUCAGAACAAAUACAAAGAAGCAGCACACCUCUUGAAUGAUGCUCUUUCCAUCCGUGAGAAGACUCUAGGCAAAGACCACCCAGCGGUGGCAGCGACUUUGAACAAUUUGGCUGUUCUCUAUGGCAAGAGAGGGAAGUACAAAGAAGCAGAGCCGCUGUGUAAGCGAGCCCUGGAGAUCCGUGAGAAGGUUCUAGGCAAAGACCAUCCUGAUGUGGCCAAGCAGCUGAACAACCUGGCCCUGUUGUGCCAGAACCAGGGCAAGUAUGAUGAGGUGGAGUACUAUUACUGCCGGGCCCUGGAGAUCUAUGAGAGCUGCCUGGGUCCUGAUGACCCCAAUGUGGCCAAGACCAAGAACAACCUGGCUUCCUGUUACCUGAAGCAAGGCAAAUACAAAGAUGCAGAGGUGCUGUAUAAGGAGAUCCUUACCCGUGCUCAUGUGAAGGAGUUUGGCUCUGUGGAUGAUGAACACAAGCCAAUCUGGAUGCAUGCAGAGGAGAGAGAGGAGAUGAGCAAGAGCAAGCACAGAGACAGCGCUCCCUAUGCUGAGUAUGGUGGCUGGUACAAGGCCUGUAAGGUUAGCAGCCCAACUGUGAACACCACUCUGAGGAACCUGGGUGCGCUGUACCGGCGCCAGGGCAAGCUGGAGGCAGCCGAGACCUUGGAGGAGUGUGCAGUUCGCUCCCGGCGACAGGGCAUUGACCCAAUCAACCAGACGAAGGUGGUGGAGAUCCUGAAGGAGGGGGAUGGCACAGAGAGACACCGGAGCCUGGGGGGCAGUGUCAAGUACGAGAAUGCCACAGACGGUAGCGAGGAAGUGAGUAUGGGCGUGGAAUGGAGCGGGGCUUAAAUGCCUCCCGAGACUCCCUCUUUCCCCUCCACCGCAGUCACCUGGAUGUUUGUGUUGUAUCCUCCGACUUUUCCUCCACACCAUCCCUCCUUCCUCGGCAAGAGCUCCACGCCAGUCCCCCAACCCUCCUGGCGCGCGAGGGCACCGCGACGCCUGCAGAGGAGUGCCUGGCCACGUGGCCCAGCUCCAGUCCCGUGGCCAGCAAGAGCAGGAAGAAUCUGCGAGGAGCUGCCAGCUCCCCCAGGCCAGGGUGACGGGCCACCGUCCCCUUGCGUGCCCCCACCCCUGGCCUGCCCUUGCACAUCCCUGGGGCCCAGGCCUGCCGGGGAUUGUCUUCACUCCAGGCUUCGCUCCAUUGUCACUAGACAUCCUCAGCCCUCCUAGCUUCUUCCCUCCAUCUCUGCAGAGGCUCGAAGAUGGAGGGCUGUUAUGGGACAGCGAGGCCUGGCCUAGGCAGGGCUGUCAUGUGCCCAAUGCUUUCUUCCCUGUAGGCUUAGCUGAUAUUAGUGCCUUGUAGCAAACCUGUGCUGGUUCCCAGUGAGAUGGGCUCUCCCUGCAGCACAGGGCAGUCCCCAUCUUGCUUCCCUCCUCCCUGCUGAGCUCUGUAACCCAGGAGCAGUGUGUGGGUCUCUCUGCAGGGCAGCCCAUAGAGCUACUGUACAUCCAAGGUGGGGGGGGGGGGCAACAGCCAAGGACUAUGUACAGGAACUGGCCAGCACAAGCAUGUUUGGCUGCAGCUUUCUGACUGGAUGCUAUAGCCAGGUUCCUCAUCUGGCAUUAAGGGCUGAAUCAACCCCCCAUUGCUACAGGGUUCUUAGGUGUGGCUGGUGGGAGAAGUGGGGGUGAAGUUGUUAGCUGUUCCUUGAAAGCAGAGGAGGGGUAGGAGGAAAGGAGAGUUUUUCUGCAAGGGGUAGACCCCAGACCAUUACAAGUGGCUGAGAUGGGGAAUGGCCUGGAUUGGAGCAGAGUGGUUGGGAGAAAAAGAAGGUGCAAAGAUGGAUGUGAGGAAGCAAAGGGCUGGGGCUGGAGGUGCUCUGAGCAGGUGGGAGCAGAUGGGAUGGCUGGAGGGAGGUUGUUGCAGGGGUAGGGGCUGGAUUGCUCACAGGUCUGUGGGGCUGACUGCAGUCUGGCUGUCCCUAGCCAAGUGGGUGGGAAAUGUGGUACCCUGUUACCAGUCUGGUCACCCUGCUGACCCUGAGGGGGUGUGGGGGUGGCCAAGUGCCUCUGAUGGCUUCAGGCCUUCACAGGCUCUGGUGCUGUUAGUCAUUACUGGGGUAUAGAAUGUGUCUCAGGGCCAGACCUCCACUGUCUUGGGUCUCACAUCCUUGAGUGUACACUCUCAUCCCACCUCCUAUAGGAAGGGAACCUUCCUGGCCCUCCUAUCUGGGAAGAAAGCUGGGGAGGCUGUAGGCAGCAGGAUAGAGCCCAGGGGCCAGCACAGGACUCCUUAUUUAUUUAGCUAGAUCCCUUCUUUAUGCUAGUCAUCUGGCAGGUUGUGAUAGUAAAUGUGCUUGUGUCUGUCUGGGCCUGGCUUUCCUGUGGUGGUGCAGAGGCCUUGGGGUACAUGCAUGCUGCUCCCCUGGAGUUUGUGCUUACUGAAAGGAAGCUUGUCCUCAGGACAUGGGGCAUGGAGCCCAGGGCUGAGUGCUGCAGGGCUGUCCUCUCUGUCCCAGUGCUGCUCCAUGCUUCUGGAGAGUGGGGAGUUCCCAGUGCAGGAUGUGUUUGGACCUCAGGGCCACCUGCCCCUGUGCUUGCCAUGUCCUGGACCUGGUGCUGUAACAACCAUACCUCUAAUUAAAGGUAGACUGACCCAAA